CAUUCAAAUAAAAGCAAACAGCGCGCACUUUCUACGGUAGGAGGAAUCAUGCGACGAUUGUUCACGCGUGUACCGAAAAUUAUGUGCGUAUAGCUUCGGUAUGGGUAUGCUGUGUAUCACUUUCAUCGACCCGUUGAUUUGUUUGCUGUCAUUUUGAAAAUGUUUUUUACAGAACCGUCGACUGGCUGUGCGUGAAUGCUCCAAAUAUUUGCAGCCGCUGAAAUAAACUUCACACGACUUGCGCUGCAUUGCCCGCCCCGGAGAAAUGUGGAGCGCAGGGAAGGCUGGAGCCGCGCGUCGCGGUCUUUCAAUUAGCACCUGCCGUCUCACCGGUGGCCCAGUAAGCUCCAGAGCUGCGGCCCGCCUCAGCUCAGUCUCAAUCGAAGCAUAGACGCGUACAAGACGUUCUUUCCGCCGUGAUUUCGGUCCUAAGUGAAAAACCGAAAGUGAAUUGGAUCGCUAUUUUAGCCAUGUCAGAACGCACACAUUCCACGCGCAUUUUGGCCAUUGUGGCCCUCUUCUUCAGCAGCUACAUUGUGGGCAUUUACAGUGCGGCCCGGGCCAGCAGCCAAUUGCUGCACUCGGAUGCAGCGCACAAUGACAGUCGCUCGCUCGAAGACAAACUGGAUUUGCUGGACAAGGAGGCUGCGUCGCAGACGGAGACGGGCCUGGCGCGGAGCAGCUCUCGAAAUCCUCGCUGGUUUCCCUUCUAUACGAUCGGUCGUUUUUCGAAUGACAUUUGCCUGGGCAACAAUCUUCUAAUGGGCACCUGCGUCAUAAGUGGAGAAUGCACCGAUAAUAAUGGCGUGGCAGCCGGCAGUUGUUCCACCAUUACCAACCAGGCCAUUUGCUGCAUAUACCAGCGCACCUGUGGCGCCAGCACCAGCUACAACAACACAUAUUUCUACAACAGCAACUAUCCGGCACCUUUUGCCGGCGGCGGACGUUGCAGCAUUGUGGUCACUCCGCCGGACUCGACCAUUUGCCAGCUGCGCAUCGAUUUUCUGGCCCUGUCGCUGGCGCCGCCAACCGGUGAUGGUUUGUGCAGCACCGAUGCGUUGACCAUAUCGGGUGGUGCCUCGCAGGUGCCCACUAUUUGUGGCGAGAACUCCGGCCAGCACGUUUAUGUGGACUUCAAUGGCGUCGGUUCCAUUACCAUAUCGGUGGCCACAUCCGGCAGCUACACGUUCAAUCGCCAGUGGCAGUUCCAGCUACGCAUGAUAGGCUGCACCUCGGCGACACUGGCGCCCGCCGGUUGUCUGCAGUAUCACAUGGGAUCCUCGGGCAAUAUUGCGAGCUUCAACUAUGUGUCCGCUGCCUCCUCGGCGCUCAACUCGAUUGGUGUGCAGGGCACACGGCAGUUGGCCAGCAUGCGCUAUGGCAUUUGCAUACGCAAGGCCACCGGCAUAUGCUCCAUUACAUACAGUCAGGUCAGCUCGGAUGCGUACUCAUUUACGAUGACGAACGAUGUGGGCGCCGUGGAUCCCACGCUGCUGGCCACAUCCGCGGUGCAGAGUCAGGACUGCACAACGGAUUACAUAAUUAUACCGGCGCCCACGCAGAGCGGCACCAAUAUGCCCAGCGACAGGUUCUGCGGCCUGGGUCUGGUCGCGACGACGAGUGCUGCGAAACCCUUUGUGGUCUACGUCGUGACGGAUGCCAAUGAGGAGAUGGACAUAUCGAAUCGUGGCUUCUACUUGUCCUACUCGCAAAAUUCGUGCCCCGUGCUAUAAUUCAAAAUGUUUAUAUGUUA